AUGUCUAAAGAACAAAUUGGAUCAAAUAUUAGUUCCGCUUCAUCAGAUACAUCAGAAAAUGGAAAUUUGAAAAAUUAUAACUCGAGCAGUCAAGAACAGCCACAACAACAUCAACCACAAGAUUUAGAAGAUCAACAGUCCACAAAUAAAAAACGUCAUUUCAAAGAAUCAGAUGCUGGUGAUGGUACUCAACGUGAAGAUCAAUAUAUUCAUGGUCCAAGAUUAUUUUUAUGUUUUCUUUCAUUAUUUUUAUGUUUGUUCUUAUUUGCUUUAGAUCAAACUAUUGUUGCUACUAUUUUAUCUACUGUUGGUAAUCGUUUUAAUGCAUUUGAAAAUAUUGGUUGGUUAACUUCAGGAUUUUUGUUAGCUAUGGCUGUUUUCAUUCAACCAUUUGGUAAACUUUCAAUUAUUUUUGGUAGAAAAUGGACAAUGGUUGUUGCUGUUAUUAUUUUCGAAAUAGGAUCAUUAUUAUGUGCAUUAGCUCCUAAUAUGAGUGUUUUAAUUGGUGGUAGAGUUAUUGCUGGUUGUGGUGGAGCAGGAAUUCAAGGAUUAACUUUUGUUAUAGUUUCUGAAAUUUUACCAAUUAAUAAGAGACCUUUGGGAAUGACAGUUCUUAGUGUUACAUUUGCAGUAGCUAGUGUAUUGGGUCCAAUUAUUGGUGGGUUAUUCACUUCAAAUGUUACUUGGAGAUGGUCUUUUUAUAUUAAUUUACCAAUUGGUGGAUUUGCUUUAGUUGUGUUUUUAUAUUCUUUCCGCCCACCAACUCCAAAAGGUAAUUAUUUACAACAAUUAAAAGAAUUUGAUUUUGUUGGGUUAGUUUUAAUGAUAGGUGGAGUUGUUGUGUUUAUGUUGGCUUUAACUUUUGGAUCAUCAAAUCAUUCAUGGAAUUCUGCAGCUGUUAUUUCAUGUUUUGUUAUUGGUAUAGUUGUUAUUAUUUUAUUUGCAAUUUGGAACUUUAAAUUUUCAAAAAAUCAAAUUAUUGGAACUGAUGUUGUUACAACUCCUCAAAUUUUAGCUUCAACUUUUGCAUUAGCUGGUACUUUUACAUCUUUUAUUAUAACUAUGAUUUAUGGAUCUGUUUAUUUUCAAAUUAUUAGAGAUUCAAGUGCAAUGGGAGCUGGUUUACAUUUAUUACCAUGUAUUAUUUCAGUUGUUAUAUCAUCUAUUAUUUCAGGAGUUACUAUACAAAAAUUAAAAAUUAUAAAACCAUGGAGUGUUUUCGCAGGAAUUUUAGCACCAAUAGGUUCAGGAUUAUUAAGUUUAUUACAAGUUGAUUCAUCUUUUUCACAACAAGUUGGAUUCUUAAUAUUAAUUGGUGUUGCAGCUGGUUCAUCAAUGCAACCAGCUAUGAUUUCUGCACAAAUAAAAGCUCCUAAAACUCCAGGUGGUACAAUUAUGACAACAAUUUUUAUAAAUACAAUUAGAUGUCUUACAUCUGCCAUUGGUGGAACAUUAGCAGAUGCAGUAUAUACAUCAAGUUUAAAAAAUCAUUUUAAAUCAGCUAUUCCAAAAGCUAAUAUACAAAUUCAACAAAAUUUACACAAUUUUAAUUUAUCAAGUAUAAUGUCAUCAAAUACAAUAUUAAAAGAAUUAGAUCCACAAACUCAAUUAUUUAUAAAACAACAAAUGAUGAAAUCUAUACAUAACGUAUUUUAUAUGACUAUUGGAUGGAGUAUAAUUUCAACUAUUUCUUGUAUAUUUGUUACAAAUCAAAGAUUACCAGAUAUGGUUGCAUUAGAAAAAAAGAAAGAGGAAGAUGUUAAAGAAUUGGAGGAAGAAGCUAUUGAAUCGAAAGACCAUGAAGAAGAAGAAGAGAAUGUUGAUGGUACUUUUUCAAAUGAUGAAUCCACUAAUGCUGAUGAGAUUCAUGAAGUGAAAAAUAAGAAUCAUUGA